ACUUCCUUCAUCUUCCGGACGGAAAUUUUAGAAAAAUUUCUCGAUUGAUAACGCCCUGUCGGCAAAUCAAUCUUACAAAUUGAAAAAAGAUGCAGACUAUAAAAUGCGUUGUGGUUGGUGAUGGUGCUGUUGGUAAAACCUGUUUAUUGAUAUCAUACACAACAAAUAAAUUCCCCUCAGAGUAUGUUCCCACAGUAUUUGAUAACUAUGCUGUAACUGUUAUGAUAGGAGGUGAACCCUAUACACUGGGUUUAUUUGAUACAGCUGGACAAGAAGAUUAUGACAGAUUACGACCAUUAUCCUACCCACAAACUGAUGUAUUUUUAGUCUGUUUUUCUGUUGUCUCCCCUUCAUCAUUUGAAAAUGUUCGGGAAAAGUGGCAACCAGAAAUAACUCAUCAUUGUCAGAAGACACCAUUUUUAUUAGUCGGAACACAAAUUGAUUUACGGGAUGAUGCAGCUACUGUAGAAAAAUUGGCAAAAAAUAAACAAAAACCCAUCUCAUCGGACCAAGGAGAAAAGUUAGCAAAAGAGUUAAAGGCUGUAAAAUAUGUGGAAUGCUCAGCUCUGACACAGAAAGGAUUGAAGAACGUUUUUGAUGAAGCCAUUUUAGCUGCCUUAGAGCCUCCAGAGCCACCAAAGAAAUCAAAAUGUACUCUAUUAUAAGACAGAAUUCACACAAACAGAUGACAUUUUACAGUUUUUAUUGAAGACAUAGAAAAUAACAAUGAAAUACAAUAGGUGUAUUAUGUAACAUACCCCUACUCCUACUGAUAACUCGAUGUCAGCAUAAUUUAUACUAAUAUGGUGACUUAAUUUCACUGUAUACACAACCUUCACUCUGACUUCUAUAAGUUGAAUGCUCAAAAUAGACCAAGAGCCAUAGAACGUGUUCCUUGUCAUUGCCUAAAAAGAAAGUAUUUUAACACACUGGAUAGAUUCUCAAUUAGACAGAAUUAGUUUCUUAAAUAGCCCAGGGGAAGGGACAUUUCUAUUCUUAUACUAUUUAUAAAUCAAAUUUUCUUUUCUUUAGUUGCAUGCAUAUACAGUUUAUCUUCACUUGACUUAGAGAUGUGUUAAGGACAAAAUGAAAUAAGGGAUUGCUUCUGUAUAAACACUUAAUUAUCAGAACAUGAUGGGUUAACUAUCCCAUAUUCAGGACCAGAAAGGGUUAAAGAUUAUAUAUUUAAUAGUCUAUAUAUAGUCCUGUUUUCUUGUAUUGUUUCAAUUGAUAUUUUAUUUUGUAUUUUGAUUUGAGAAUAUCAUUCAUCUUUGUCUGCCUCAACUAUAUUUCAUAUUGCUUUAGUUAGAAAAGUGAGACUCAGCUAUUUGCUUGAUGUAAUAAAUGAUAUGAUGGCUUUUUGUUCUACGACAAUUCCAUUUCCUCUUUUCAUUAAACUUUUUUUCUGCUAUUUAUUGUAUUGCAAAUUUUGCUUUCAACUGAAUAAAGUUUCUUAACCCCUUAGUAAAGUUCUGAAUAUUUAAAAUAUCUAUGUUCAAAUUUCUUUCAAUAAUGACCCAAUCUUAUAUCAUAUUAGGUGAUUUUGUGAAUAUAUAUUUGUGCAUGUAUUAUACAUUUAUCUAUUCAUUAGCUUUUAUAUUCUUAGGGUAUUUUCAUUGACCGUCUUGUUAGUUUCUCAAUUAACUUGCCAAUUGGUACAGAGAGUGCUCUGGUAUACAAACACUAGUACUAAUUUGGUAUGGUUAGUUAAUGAACUUAUCAAGUGGUUUUAUCACAGUAUAUUUAAGGAAUAUGUUAAGUAUUUUAUCCAGCCACAAAAUGGAUAGAGUACCCAACAGUGUUUGGAUAUUUUAUAUUGAGAGAUGAAUCUCCUUUGAUUCAGGAUUUUAGAAAUACCUUGUAGUAGGCUGUAUACUUUAUUUGAAGAGUCAUCCCCCUUAGUGUAUGGUUCAGUACCAGAAGUAAAAGGUCAUGAUUUAAUGAUAUACAUUUUAUAUCUCAGACGGAAUUUUAACCCAAAUUUUGAAAAAAUGUACAAUAUGCUUUUUGAUCAUGUAAUUUCCUUGUUGUGGGAUUGUGAUAUGGUUCAAUUGAAUCUAUCUAAGAGGUGAAAGUCUAUUUGUAGUAGAAGCUUCCUGAUUAAGUUUUGAAUUCAAUUUUUGCUGGUACAAAAAAAUAUUAAAAAGAAACAGAAAAUUAUUUGUUUUAAUAUUUUGAUUCCCAUAAGCACUCAUCUAUAAUUGUCCAAUGACAAUUCAAGAAUGAAAAGCAAACAUAUUCAACUGUUUUGCAUUCGAAAAUAUUAAUUAAAGCUAUUUGGAAAUUGUAGAUAGACAGUGAAUUUAAUGGCCAAUUUUCCUCUCAAAUAUUCAUUUUCAUAAUUCUAUCUUGUGUAUAGUUUUAUUUUAAUUAUAAAGAUGUAAAAAAAAGUUGUUCAAAUUCUCAAACAAACCUGCCAAAAUAAAAAAUAAGUAAGUUGCAAGUAGUUUCACAAUUUUUCAGUUUCAAUUUUGGCAGGAUUUGUGUGUAAAUUUAACAAGUAUGUGGCUGUAUUGAAAGUUUCAUGACUUUCCUUUUGGUACUUGAGGAAUCAAAUUAUGAAGCCACUUUGUACCAAUACUGUUUUGUAACAUUAAAGCCACUUGUACAAUAUUUAAAUAAUCUAAAACCAGGCAUGGUGCAAGAUCUUGUAAAAAGAGUUUUAUGAAUAGAAUACAUGUUUACUGUAAAUACACCAUUUAAAAUCUUUAUUAUUAUAUUAUUAUUCACUGACCGAUUUUUCUCUGGCUAAUAAACAUUAAUAUUAUUAAAAAAAGAAA